GGGCCCGGGCCCACAAGCGCAGGACUGUCUGUCACUUGUUCUACUUCCACACUGAGAAGCAGUGAACCCUAAUCUCUCUCGAUUGCUCCAUUGCUUCGUGUUCAAGGAGAGAAGAAGAAGAAGAAGAAGGAGGAGGGCUUGAAUUCUAUGGCGGAAGGGGUUGGUUCCACGCUUGUGCACGUACUGGUGGUGGCGCUUUGCCUCACUGCAUUUGGAUUUGCCAUUGCCGCCGAGCGACGGCGUAGCACUGGUACCAUACAUCCGGAUCCAAAUACCAACACCACCUACUGUGUUUAUGAUUCCGACGUUGCUACUGGUUAUGGAGUUGGCUCCUUUCUUUUUCUCCUCUCAAGCCAGUCACUGCUUAUGGGCGUCACAAAGUGCAUGUGCUUCGGCAGACCAUUGGCCCCUGGUGGAAAUCGAGCAUGGUCAAUCAUAUACUUCGCAUCCUCAUGGCUGACUUUCUUAAUAGCCGAAGCUUGCCUUAUAGCGGGUGCAACGAAGAAUGCAUACCACACGAAGUACAGGGAUAUGGUUUAUGCUCAGAACUGGACUUGUGAAUCCUUGCGGAAGGGCGUAUUCAUCGCCGGAGCUGUCUUUGUGGUCUUCACCAUGAUACUCAAUGUAUACUAUUACAUGUACUUCACCAAAGCGACGAGCCAGGCCGCACAUAAAGCAAAUCGAGCAAGCUCUACCGUCGGAAUGGCAGGCUACACCUGAACAUCAGACCUACCCGAAGAGGCUAAAAUUUCCCAAAAAAAAAAAAAUUAUUAAAGUGUGUUACCGUUUCUGGCAAGUGUUUUGUCAUUGUUUAUAUGAACUUGACUUUGUUGUGAACUGCAAACCUAGCCUUUCCAUUUGGGAGUAGCAGUUUAGAAAAACCUUGAUUGUUAUUUAUGAUAUUCAUGCUGUUUUAUA